AUGGGUACCAAAAGAGUUUUAAUUACAGGGUUCGGCCCUUUUCCUGGAGCUGAAGUGAAUGUUAGUUGGGAAGGUGUAAACACUUUGGAUAAGGAAGAAAUUGAAAAGAAACACGACAUACAUUUGUUUCGAGAGAAAAUAGAAGUCCGCUACUCCUACGUCGAUGGAUGCGUGCCUAAGCUUUGGGCUAAAUACCAACCAGACUUAACUAUCCACGUUGGUGUAAAGCCUGAUACUCAGUCUUUAACCCUGGAAACCCAAGCGUCGAGGGAAGGUUACGUUAAUUUUGACACCACCAACUCUCGUCCAGAGGAGGAAAAGCACUCGUUUGAUGGGCCAGACGUCAUCUGCACUGAGCUGUGCGUCAAUAAGUUAGUCGAACAGUUUAAUAACAACACCCCGAUUGAAGGGCAUACCGCUGAAGUUUCUACCGACGCUGGCAAGUUUGUCUGCGAGUACACAUAUUAUGCUUCUCUUGCUCACGGCCCAGACUGCCCACAAAGAACUUUGUUCAUUCAUGUUCCGGUGAAUAGUAGCCCCGAUCAGAUUGCUCUUUGUGUCGAGCGCAUCAUGGAGAUCUGUCUACAACAACUGAGAGAUUCCUCAUAG